UUGGGAACACACACAUAUGCUGAAUGAAUCUGUUUUGAAAUGAAGAGGUUUCUUUAAUUCAUCUUACCAGUUGUCGCCUCAAAAGUUUCGAAUCUAAGAGCUAACAGCUAAUUCAGAUCAAAUUUUUGGUCUUGCUGAAAUGGAAAUAGCUGCUGAAAGUGGAGAAGUUGUGAAGUGUACAAGUAACUCAUCUAAUGAAGAGCAUCUAAAGGACAAUUUGAAGGUGAUAUAACUUAAGGGCACUGAGAACCUCCACAGCAAACAACCCCCAGGUGGCACCGUUUUGUGUGAAAAAGAGCCUAGCCACUGCAAGUCAAGACUCAUGGCUGUGCCUUGUAGCCCCAAUGUGGGAGGGGCAAGGAGCUCACAAGAAAUUCUGUCCAUGGAGCUCUCAGACAUGGACAAGAAGAGAGAGGCCUUCUUGGAGCACUUGAAGCAAAAGUACCCCCACCAUGCUUCAGUCAUCAUGAGCCACCAGGAGAGACUUCGUGAGCAGUGUUUACAGGGGAUGUUGUCUUCGCUGCAGUGUGAACUUAACAUUCAGAGAUAUCUGCUAAAAAUUGAGUCACUCCAUCAACCAAGAAACCGGUGUACAAGGACCGGUGUGGUGUGCUCCACUCUAGCUCCAGCAUUCAGUGAUCAGCCAGAUCUUGGCUUGCCGCUGUCACUGGACACUUUAGAGGUCAUGUCAGAUUGUGACUUGCCUGUUGCCUUCACUCGUGGCUCCCGUUCACGGGCCAGCCUCCCUGUGGUGCGUUCUGCUAACAAGACCAGGGACCGCUCACUAGGUGUUCUGUACCUGCAGCAUGGAGAUGAGACAAAGCAAAUCCGGAUGCCCAAUGAGAUCACAACUGUAGGCACGGUGCAAGCUUUGUUUGUCAGCGCUUUCCCACAGCAGCUCAGCAUGAAAAUGCUUGAGUCUCCCAGCACAGCCAUCUACGUUAAAGAUGACAUGAGAAACAUGUACUACGAGCUGAGUGAUGUCAGGAGCAUCACAGAUCAGUCGUGCCUGAAGGUUUACCACAAGGACCCAGCACACGCCUUCAGCCAUGCAGCUCGACCCAUCAACGGAGAUGCUAGGAUGCACAGAGAGGUGAUGUACACAGGUCGAGAUGCUCCUCAUUUGAUACGGCAGACAUCAAACAGCCCAUCUCUUCCUCCAACUCCUCAACCGGUGACUGCUUUGCCUUCACGUAUUCCCUUUGGCCCCCGCUCAUCAGGGGGAGGAGCCACUAUGCCUCGUGAAAGAGCAGGCCACCCAAUGGCCACGACUUCCCACUCACCUUCAGUAUGCCCCAGUGCCAUCCUUGAACGGCGUGAUGUCAAGCCAGAUGAAGAUGUCUCUGCCAAAGGCAUUGGGAGGGGGGGAGAGGGAAUCUACAGUGAUCCGUUUCUGUUACAUCAUCAUACUCCACCCUUAGAAACAAUGGACCAAGGGUACCAUCGUACUUCUGUCCGUUCUUAUGGCAUUUCUGGAAUGACUAUGGAGUCGACAGAGCAUCACUCCCUGUUUCGACAGAAAAGCUGGAAGACACCUCCCUCGUCGCCGCACAGAGUGGGUGAAAUGAGGAUAAUUGACAUCCAGGCCAGCCAAUGUCAAGGCACUUUGGGACUUGAAAGAUCAUCACCUGUCAGACAAUCAUUUAGAAAGGAAGGGCCUAUUGCUGUAGAUAAAGGCAGGAAUACAGUGGGGUCUCCUGUGACCGCUGAUCUUCAGGGUCAUGGCCCUCUUGUGCCGCCUGUUGAACCUAAGACACGAGAGAGAAUGAGGGCUAUGGAGGAGCAGAUAGCCAGUUUGACUGGGCUUGUUCAGCAUGCACUACUAAAAGGCCCCAGCAUUAACAGAGGUGAUGGGGAGAAUGCCAGUGACAGAACCAUGAAGUCAGGGUCACCUGUACACAGCACAUCUAGCACAGGAGGUUCUUCUCCAGUGCUUGGAACCAAAAUUGCAGAUGUUACACCUGAAAGCAACUCGAUCACAACACAUCCCAUUAGUGCCAUUCCACUACAGGUGAACCUCCUACAUUUCAGGAAGAACAUCUCUGGGCUGCGCCUCCAGUUGCAGGAGAUUAGGCAACUCCAGUUGCAGAAUCAGGAGUGUGUGCGUGCUCAGAUUAAACAGGUGGAACAAGAGAUCAGCGAAAGGCUGGCUGAAGAGUUGAGACGACAAGAAGAUCCUGCACAGAGACAACGAGCUCUAGUCGAGGAAGAGAGACACAAAUAUCUCAGCAUGGAAGAAGCAGUUCUUUCACAGUUAGGUGAUCUGGAGCAAUACAUAGAGUCUGUGAGAAAGGACUCGAGCUCAUCCACAUCUGUGAGACCAAUCACCCUGAAGGAAGUAGAGGAAGGAGCAGUGGGCCUGAGGAAAGUUGGAGAAAGUCUGGCAUCACUUAAAGGAGAGUUCCCAGCACUGCAGGGGCGAAUGAGGGCUGUGCUCCGAGUCGAGGUGGAGGCUGUGAAGUUUCUCAAAGAGGAGCCACACAAACUUGACAGUAUGCUGAAGCGAGUCAAAUCACUUACUGAAACUCUCAGCACUUUGCGAAGGCGUGCCACAGUUGGUUUAAUGAAAUCUUCAGAUCCUGCCAUUACCACAGUGGUGGAUGGGGCAGAGCCUCCUGCUGAUCUUCAGAACACAGUCACUUUGCUUGAGCCUCAGAGAUCAUCUGUGGGUUCAGAGGUUAUCAUCUCCCAGUCUCUGGUACCCCAUUGUGCUCAGAGCUCUAUCCCACCCACUCCUGAGUUACCUACAAAGCAGACCAGCAACAAGAGCCAUGUUGAAAUAUGCAGCUUAGCUCACACAGAACUCACACCACCACAGAGCAGCAGUGGAACAGCUCUUAGCAUUGCACAUUUAAAUGGAUCUUCCAGCAACGGUGCUUCAAGCCUAUUUAUUGAGGAGAUCAUAAGUCACAGCAAGGGCAAAAAUAGAGUCCCAUCCAUUGAGGCGGCUGAGAAAGAGUGGGAAGAAAAGCGACAGAGCAUGUCUCAUUAUGAUGGCGGGGAGUUUGAGAAGAUGCUGCAGGAAGCAGAAGCCAACAUGUUUAGGGGAAUACCAAGCAUGGAAGUUCCAGGUGAGGGUGGCAUCAUUUCAAGCCCUGCUGCAGUGCCUGGUUCUGUCAGAGAAGAGCGAGUGGAAAAACCCAAGCCUUCUGCAGUUCCAACACAAGAAGACAAGCUGCCUGAUAUGCCCGGCUCUGAGAAGUGCACUAAAACAGGACCUGAUAAAGCUUCAAAACCCCAUUUUGAAAAGGCUGCUAAAGCAGCAGCAGUGUUGGGUAAACCUGUAAAACCAAACUUGUCAAUCAAAACAAGCUUGGAGAGACCUCCAAAGUCUCAGGAUAAAGUCAGUAAAACAAGCCAGAGUUCAGAGAAGACCAACAAAUCUCCUCCUCCACCUCCUCCACGCAGGAACUACAUCAACAGCACGGGGACCCGCACAGGAGAGGUCAUAUACUCCUGCAGGAAGGAGCCUGGAUCUGCCCAGGAAGGUGAAGUUGAGGCUCCAAAUACAGCACCUCAGCACAGACCAAGAAGUUCCCCAGACGUGAAGCCCAAGCUGUGCACUCCUGUGCCUGCCACAACGUCUGCCAUUCUGGAAGAGGGGGAUGAGGGGGACAAGAUUGUGACAGAACUGCAGGCUUUCCAGAAGUGUUUGGUUAAGGACAUAGAGAACAAAGGUUUGAUAGAGCCACAGAUCAAAGAGCUAAGAUCUGGGGCCUUACUGUCCCUCAAAGAUAAGAAGAAUACAGAAAUCCAGGACAACAAAGAUCUGGUCAUGGACGAUAAUGGCAACACAGUACGUCAAAAUACAGGGGUCAUCUAUUACGUCACAGCACAGAUCACCAAGGAACCUCCUGAGGAGUCAACUGACCACAGAGCUGCAUCUCACUCGUCCCCAUCACAGGUGUCACAUGUCAAUACUUAUCAGAAAAACAAGCAGCUGGUAUCCUCAGAUGGCCUGUCUGAUAUCCCAGGCCAUGGCCUAGACAACAUUUGGAGCUUUCCUAGCGAUCUACCAUAUAAACAACUGACUUGUUCAAGCUCAAUGAAGACAAAGGAACAAGGCCCAGGUAGCCCUACACAGGGAAAAGUCCAUGUAGUCAAAGUUCCACAGGUGCAACUUAGCAUAGAGGAGACCGUGGCAUCUCCGACAGCAAUUUGUACAGCAGUCUCCCCUGGUGGCUCUGACCUCAUUCACUCUAAGAUACCUGCAAAUCACGGUGAGAUGAAUUCAGCAAAUCAGCAGGAGGUGUUUAGUUUGCCCAAGAAUAGGGAGCGCAAAUAUGAAGAAGAAAGUGAAACUUUCCUCAAUCCUGACUUGUCAGAAGAAGAACCUCCCCCUCCUCCUCCACCUGAUAAUAUAGCCUUCAUGAUCACCAACACCAAAGUACAGGCUUUGUCCACUGGAGAGUACCAGGAGCUUGUAAAUGCUAAAAGAGGGAAUGUGCAAACUGUGACUGUAGGCAGCAAACCACAGAAUAACCGUGGCAGUGACAACGCUGAAAAUAGAGAAUCCAGUAAAAAGCCAGUCAUCAUCAUUUUUGAUGAACCAAUGGAUAUACGUUCAGCCUACAAACGCCUUUCCACCAUUUUUGAGUGUGAAGAGGAACUAGAAAGAAUGUUGGCUAAAGAAAGGAUAGAGGAAGAAAGUGAGGAAACUGAGGAUGAGGAUAAAAGAAAUGGGGGAGUUCAAGUAGCACAAGAUGGGGAUAAGAUGAAUUCUGGAAACGAACAAAAUGGGGUUUCAUCUUCAUCAAUGUUAUCUGAUGGGGAGACUGUAACACUGAAUACUAGUAAUACCAAACAGGAUGUUAAGAAGAAGUUCAAGUUUAAGUUCCCUAAAAAGCAGUUGGCAGCUCUAACACAGGCCAUCCGCACUGGUACUAAGUCAGGCAAGAAGACUUUACAGGUGGUGGUGUAUGAAGACGAGGAGGAAUCAGAUGGUAUGAUUAAACAACACAAAGAGACUAAGAGAUUUGAAAUUCCUUGCUCUAAGCAAGAUAACACAAAAUCCGAGUCUGUUCCCCAAGAAACACAUGGAAGGACAGAAGAGAUCCGAAAGAGCACUUACAAGACACUUGAUAGCCUUGAACAGACUAUCAAACAGCUUGAGACCACAAUCAAUGAAAUGGGUCCAAGGUCUUCUAAUGAUUUACUGUCCACUGAAUGCUCUAAACUUCAUAGCAGCCAGGGAGCAGAAGCUUUAGACAAAGUAGUUCCUCAGAAACGUUUGGGCACCAAAGCGUACAACUCCAGCAAGCGCCCUAGCCUUCGGAAGAAGCCCAAACCACAUGUUCUUCCUCGGCCUGCUGUGAUCACCACAACAGGAGUGUCUGUCACCAGAGCUCCUCAUCAGCAGAAUAUCAACGUGGCCUCUCCUACUAGUCGGAUGCCAGUGCCCAUGUCUGCCAAAACCAGGCAGCAGCCAGGCACCUCAGACAGAGAGAGGGCAACAAAACAGCUAAAGCUGCAAGACACACAGAGGCAGUUUCGCCAGGGGAUGAGCCCAGGAUCAACCCCCUACUAAAUCUCCACCCUUUCUGGAAAUGUUCUCGCUCUCCUUGGAGUCUCCUCUGGUCUUGUAUAACUGGUUGGUUUCCAUUACACUUUGGAUCCCUCACUUUAAAAUAUGAAUGAUCCUAAAACAGGAAUGUUUUUCCUUUCCCCUAAUUUUCACUCUUCUUUUUCACUUUCAGCCAUGAACACAAGGAUGAUAUUGUACUUACCUUUCGGUGUGGUGUGUGUGACUUUCAGUUAAUUGUUUGUAUAUUUUCUGUGACUGUUAAUAUGAGAUUGUUAACUCUGAGUGUAAUUUAAAUGUUUUUGAAAAUCUUCACAUCUUUAUCAUGAUAAAACUUAGGGAUGAAAAUCCAUGUUUUUGACAUCUUUGUUUACAGGCUAACGGAAUUGCUAAAAGAUCUGGAGGAGAUCCAAAGUCCACUUCCCCUACUAUUUCUGCCUCUAAAAUCCCUGCUUUUUCCUCUAGUGCAGGAAAAUGUGCUUCUCAGCCUGAUGCUACUAACCCUGUUAACCACUCUGCUGUUCUCUCUUCCUCCUCCUCAUCUAAGUCUUCCAUCCCCAAUACUCGCUCUAUCCCCAACUCUUCCUCACAGAUUUCCUCCCUUUCUAAUGGUUCUCUUAAGCUCGCCAAGUCCACUCACAACACUAAAAGCUUGUCCUUGUCCACACAGACUCAAAAUGGAAGAUAUUCCUCCUCUUCCUCUUCCCACUCUGCUCUGUCCCCUACCAUGUUGUCACAGGUUUCAAAGAGUAUCCGAACCAUUCACACGCCCAGCUUCAUCAGCUACAGUCGGCCACACAACAGGAGUGCUGGGAAAUCAGCUAUUCCCACGGCAACAAGCACCAAGGACGCGUCAUAGAAUGCUCAACUGCUUUGCUAUCGUUUGCUUCUGUUGUAAUGAGGUAGUGCUGCUCUGAAUUUGCUCAAAUUCAGUAUACCUUUUUUCCCUUAUUUUACUCUGAUACUUCUGUAGCCACGUUGCCAAAUAAUGUAAAUGUAUACAGAACUGGAUGUAGACGCCCUUAUCCAGAGUGACGUACAAAAGUCUCUAUCAUUGAAUGCAUGAACUCUGGUUCACUAGGCUAAAGACAGAAUGCCAUGAGCCUUAAUCACUGUUAAAGAGGGUUUUUUUUACACACAUACAACAAACAGGGAAGAAGUGAAUCAUGAAUAAGUAGGUCUUCAACUGUCAUUUGAAAAUAGCCAGUGACUCAGCUGUCUGGACCCCUAGGGGAAGUUCAUACAGUAUCUUAGUGCCAGAACAGAAAAGAGUCUUGUAGUAUACCAGCUUCUUACCCUGAGAGGUGGUGGGACGAGUGGAGCAGUGCUGGUAGCUCUGAGGGUGCGACCAUCAGUGAGGGUAUACUUUAAGUGUUGUUGGUUUUUUUUUUUUGCCUUUUUUUUGUUCAGACCUGUGGCAGUUGCAUAUUCAUACAUUAAUUAUUUUUUGAUCCUCAUUUUGUGGAGUGUUCAAAGCUUGAAUUUUCUGAAUGACAUGGUACCAGAAUACUGAUCUACUUAAGAGUAAGUAGGUAUUCCCAAAUAAAUUCAGGAUAAAACUGGAUGCUCAUACUAUAUAUUUAUCUAUUGGUCUUUUUAGUUUGACAGAUUGUUGUAGCAAUUAUUAUAAUUUGUUUGCUUUAAAGUGCCAAUAAUGUACCUGUAUUAGUUUUUCUGAUUAGCAUUUUGAGCUUUUUGGUGUUUUAAGAAUUACUGCCAAUGUAUUUAAGAUUUUUUUGUCAGUAGUGAUUAUUCCUGUUUGCCAAAGUUGUUUCAUUUUCUAUUCUCGUUAUUCAGUAUGAAUGAAUAUACUCCAACAGAUCCUACCUAUAUGAAAUUCUCUAGCUUUACCAUAGGGCUAUGGCUUUUAAGAUAAUAAAUGUGCUCUUAUAAAUAGCGUACUACCCCUGUAUAUACUUUGAGUUAAGUUUUGGUUACAUACUGCAGAAAAGUUUAUUUCUGUGUCUGUCUAAAUCUGUAGAGAAAUAAUGCCAUAGCAUGUGAAAGAAUACACAUGCCUGCACAGAUGUUGUAAAUAGAUUCUUUUUACUUUGUGUAAAGCUUUAAAAACUUAACACUUAAAACCUAAACAGCUUAAAAUGUCUUUGGGCAAGACUCUGAAAACAUUAAACAUCUGCAUGUUUGUCAUCUGCAUUGCAUCUUAUUGUUUUUUUAAAUAUAUUAUCUAUAAACCUAAUAGAUGUAAUUAUUUUCACCCUUUAGAAAUGACAGAAAAUAAUCAUUAAACCUAAAACCACAAAAUAA